AUGUCCUCAAAAGAUAGUGAUUCAACCAUUGAGCUUGUUCCCUUCGACAAGGUGUUGGAAGCAUUGGAAACCGCUGCUGAUGACGUUAAACAAUCAAAAGAUUAUUUAUCGUAUAGUACAGUAUUAGAUAUUUACUAUACUGAUCCUGCUAGAUAUACUUUUGAAGAAAGAGAAGAGUUAUUGGGCAACUUACAGAAAGUUUUGGCUAGUGAUAGUGAAUUGACUUAUGAAAUUGGCUGGGAUUUACCAUCUUUGUUAAUUCCGUUCGUUGAUACUGAUUAUGACUUUAGUGGUGUUAUUAGAAAAGCUCCAGGGGUUUAUAAAAUAUUGAAAAUAUUUGAAAUCUUAGCUCAUAAUGGUAACCCCAAAGAAUUGUUUUUAAAAUGUACUGAAUUAUUACAAACCAUUAGAUUGAAUGAUAAUAAGUUUUUUGAACCAAAUAAUGUAAUCCAAGAUCAAUUUUUUGAUUUAAAAUUAUAUUGUAUUUUUGAAUUGAGUGAUAGCUGUUUGAAAAAAAUCAAUACUUAUUAUCCUUCAAGGUUUUUAGCAAUGCUAGUUACCUCUUACAUAAAUCUACUUUAUAUGAAUGUUAAUCAUUCAGUUUCGAAUAACUCAUUUAUGUUGAAAAGAGUUUAUAAUUUCUCAAGAAAUUAUACUAGUCCUAAAUUCCCAACUUCUUCAAAUAAGGAUUACACUAAAGAAGAACUUGACAAAAUCACCGAUGAUGAAAAUUAUUUACAAAGAAAAUUAUUAACAGGGUUUAUAACUGAAGCCUUACUCAUGAGUUCUAGAAAAUGCCUUUCUGGUUAUUCAGUUUCAGUAUUAUCACAUUUACAAGAAUCUUCUCGCUUAACAAAGUCGGAAAAUGAAUCCUUUGUUGUUGAUCAUCCAGUUCUCGACCGCUUUUUUGAAUUGUUAUUAUCUUUUGAUAUCGAUAUUGAUGAUGUUUUCAAAAAUUUUUUGGUGGACUCUCAUAAGUUGUUUUUGGACGUUGAUCAUAAUCAAGAUGGUGAUGAAAUAAGUGGUGAAAUAUUCGAAAAAUUAAUUAUUGAUUAUCAAGAAAAUUUGGUUUCUACUUUAGUCAACUCUGAUUCUAACCAAAUUCGUAAUUCUACUCUAGGUAUAAUUUAUUUAUUCACUUAUUCAAUUGCUUCAAAACAAAAGUUCAAUAUCUUUGAUCUUGAUUUUACUGAUGCUUUAGUAAUGACAAUCAGAAUCAUUGUUCCGGCUAUGGUCCAAUCUACCUUUAAUUAUCUUGGCUUACAUGAUAUAAUGGUUUAUUGGGGUUGGUUCUCGAUUCAUAAACUGACUAUAAGAGGUAAAAGAUUAGAAUUAGAAUUAUCAAAAAUUCCGAAAAUCCUAUUAACAAUUUAUUAUCAAACUUUAUUAUUUAUGAUAAUUUCAAAUCCUAAUAGUCCUAAUUUUAGAUUUGCGACUUUAACUUUAUUAACUAGAGUUUUGGCUCUUUCUCCUGAAGAUAUUGCUUAUUCUUUCCUUUUGGAUUCCUUGCAAAAUUGCCCCUUUGAUAAUGUUAAAAUCGUUUUAGUUGGUGUAUUGAAAGAGUUAUUAACUAAAGAUAAAGAUAGACAAAUCAUAAAUGAUAUUUCUGAUAUUAAUUCUAAACCAAGACCUCCAAUAUUACCUUCUCGUCAAGGUUCAAAUUCGGGUCCUAUUAAGAGCAAAUUCAUUUCAUUAAGUGAAGAAAGAGCAGAUGACAUCACCGCUUUGAUUGAAGAUUCUAAUAAGAAAGUUUUCCAAUCUGAAGGUAAUGAUGAUGAAAAAAUUCAAUUGAACUUGUUCAAAUUACCAACUUUAUCAGCUUUUUUAAAUCUAUUGGUUAUAUUGAAAGACGAUCCAAGAAUUUCGAAUGAAAGCGUUCAAGAAAUUGUUAAGAAUGUUGAUCAAAAUGUCAGACUGGUUGAAAAAAUUCUCGAGAGUGAUGAAUCAAAAAUUCAUGAAUUAAAUGCUAUUCGUGUUUUGAAAGUUACUCUUGAUAGAAUUCGAGCCUGAUUCUAUGGCAAUGGAUUCUUUUUGCGUACCGAUACGUCCCUAAAUGAAGUAAUGUAUUUUAUUUAUAUUAAAUCUUUUUUUUUCACCUCCUCUUUUUAUUUACUACAUAUAUGUGUU